AUGAAUCUUCUUCCAACUGAAAUUCAACUAGAUAUAUUUAAAUAUCUCGAUUUCAAUCAAUUAUCAAAUAUUCAACAAACAAAUUUUUAUUUAAGUAAUUUUUUCAAAGAAUAUGCGGAUAAAUUGGCCCGGAAAAAAUUCUACGGACUUAGAGAUGUUUGUAUUGAUAAAAGCAAUUUAAAUCAAUAUAAUUUCUAUACACCAAAACCCGAACUUUAUGACUUGCAGUUAAGUAAAGAACUCGAGAAUAUGUGCAAAAGGGGAAUAGAAGAAUCUAUUCCUAUGUUUUUGGGUGAAGAUGAUACAACAAUAAAAUUUGUUGCUUGUAUAAUAAAAGAAAGUCACGAUUUCGAGCCAGAGAUCUAUUUGCGAUUUCCAAACUUUCCAAAAACUAUUGAAGAAAUGAAAAUUGCUUGUUAUCUAUUUAAGCUACUUUUUAACAGUUUCUUUGGAUUUGUUGAGUUUGACGAAGUUAUAUUUAAUCCACAAAUUAUUCAAUUAUUAUUUGAUGAAAAUAAAACAAAUAUACCUUUACAAAUUCAAUCUCGAAUUACUCAUCUAUCUGUUUACAAUGAAUUUGAUGACUGUUUAUUAAAAUUUAUAUUGGAUCAUCUAAAUUCUAAUGAAUUGGCCGUUACUCUUGAUCAGGACUCCAAUAUGGAACAAUGCAUAAAUAAUUUAUUUAAACUUUCAACAAAUGGAGGAAAUAAGUUUCCUUAUGUUUGUUAUAAGUUUAUUGAUCCAAAGCUUUGCAAUUUAAUUAUACAGGUUAUUCGAAAAAUUAAAAAUUUUGGAUUAAGUAUAAGAGAUUUUGUAAGGAAGAGAAAGAUCUAG